AUGGAUAGUAGUAUAGGUUUAUCAUUUAAAUCGAAUUUUAAUUUUGCACUUGUUGAGCAUCUCAUUAAAGGAUUUCGUCAUCAGCUUGUUCAAUCAACUGUUGCUCGUGAAAUUCGUGUUCUUUCGAUUCUUUUGAAUAUUGUUUCGAAAUCUGAAUCUCAUUAUAAAUCUAAAGUAACCUUAACAUCAGUACCAUAUUUAACUGAAAUAAGUAAUGAUGUUGAAGAAGUUCGUACUGAUUGUCCAGUUAAACAUCGAUCUAUUAUUGUUCCAUCAAUAACAAAUUCAAAUUCUUCAACAAAUAUUCUAGCAUCAAAUUAUCCUUCAAUAGCAAUUGUUUAUCCAUUACCGCAAUCACAUUCAAGUACAUCAAUUACAGAUUUUAUUGGAACAGGUGAAAGUUUACCAUCGUCAUCUGCUCUAACAAGUCCACAAAUGAAUUCUACAUUACUUAAUGUUCAACAAGGUUUAUUUCUUCAAAGACAAAAAUCUUGGGAUGUAUCAUUUACUGAUAAAACACGUAAAAUUGGAGGAAUAUUAGCUGUUAUUACUACUCGAUUAUUAGUCGUACCAUCACAUACACCUCAUUGGCAUUCAUUUGAUAUUGAACAUGCUGUACUACUUAUACUGACAAAACCAGCUUCAAUACUUGUUCAAUUACAACAAGUUAAACACGUUGUACCAACUAUUACUGUGACACCACAAACUUCACCUGAAACGCAACAAUCACCACAAGUAAAAAGAAAAAUUUAUUUUAAGUAG